AUGCCAGUGAACGUUUUUAAACCAUUCAGAGAAAGUUCACCUUCAGUUAUAUCAGUCGUUCCAGCUGAAUUGAUUAUUAAGGCAACAGACGUAAUCAGCAAUUCGAAAAAAAAGUACAAGAUACCUCGUAGUACGUUCUUCACGGAAGAAGAAAAAUCUGAAAAUACUACAGGCGCAAACAUCAUAAGCUUCGAGAGUUCUCUACCCGAAAAAGAUGAUUUUGUUUCAGUUGAGUACGAUGGUGAUUACUGGCCGGGCAGGUGGUUACAAGUAGAAAGUGAGGGAGCUUUUAUAAAAUGCAUGGCAAAAUGUGGAGAAAACUGUGGAGAUGGCCAGAAAAAGGAGGACUGCAUAUUUUAUGCCAAAAAACGAAAUUAA